UUAAAUGAUGUGACAUUAUACAACAUUUAAAAAAAUGCAAAACUAUAAUUUUGCCUGUAGUUUUGUGUAGAUGUGAAACGUUGUCUCGUACUUUAAGGGAGGAACAUAAACUGAGGGUGUCUGAGAGCAGGGCGCUGAGGAGAAUAUAUGGACCCAAGAGGGAUGUUGGACGACUGUUGGCUUCUCAGGAAGAACUCAGCUCCAUGGAGUAAGAACACGUUGUUGUUCUUACCUAACACAGCCGUCAUCCCACCUGCUUUAGACAGAGUACUCGUACAUGGGCCUGUCAAUUUCGUGACCUUCCCUUGUCAUAUCCGCAGGCAGGGAAUAAAUGACAAGAAACGGCGAUCAGCGAAGCAUUUGGACACAAGGCAAUUCUGGGUAAUGCGUAAGGGGGGGCUGGCAUAACAAACAGGACAGUGAUAUCAACGACGUUAAUGUGGGCUUGACAUGCAGCACGGAUGACAGGCACAGCCGUUGCAUGCACGCAGACGGAAGAACCGGAAGACGUCAUUGAGGCUGAAAUAUGGCGGAUGCAAUUUUCUCUGGGUUGUGCUCUGUGGCGAGCUCGUGUGUGAGAAGACGGAUAAAUUUAGGAAGACGAUGCAGUCUGAAUGUCCACUGGCGCGUAUUUAUACGAAAUAUUUACAAAGGAUCGUGGAUCAGAUGAUGAACGAAACACGACCGCAGCCCACGCCAACACGUGCACACGGGGUGAACGCUUUCAAAACUUUGAAUCUGAAUUUGGAGAAACUUUCUCAUUGGCUGGCGAUGAGGUAAUACCCCUCAUUUCACGCCUCGGAAGUCUUACCCUCCCAUCCUCAAUCGCUCAUUGCCGCUCAUUUGUUUAACAAAAUUGUCAUUGUUGAAUUUACAAUGAUUUUACGAUUUUAAAGUCUUCUCAGAGAGGCCCUGUGCUAUCUCAAAGUGUCUCCAAAGACAAAAGGAUUUUCUGUGUGCACGAGAUUUAAUUAUAAAACAGCUCCUUCCCUCCUCACGACACAUCUGCAAAUGUUUGCACAGAUGAUUCAUUUUUUGUGUGCAUGAAACUUGCGAAAAAAAAAACGUUACACAAUCCGCUUUGAACAACAGAUUAUAUCAAAUUGUGGUGACAUCAUAAUGAACAAGGAGAUGCAGACUGAUACCACGACAACCGCGAGCAAAGUGCGUGACACAGUUAGAGAAAUCAAGAUAAGGCAACAAUGCGGCCAAGCGAUAAAAUUAAAAACAGAUUAAUCUGAGUAGACAAAUGACAUGUCGAACACAGGGCUGAUGAAUGAAGACGCCACCAGAGUACCUCGCAGGUCGGAGGAAGAAAGUCAAUCAGUCCAUUGUGAGAUAGGUCAUAAACAGCUACGGUGUGUCCUACCAGACGUCGGAAUGUUUACAAAUUCAGAAGAUUCUGGGAAGGUGUCUUCAGCCAGAGAGGGGGCCCCAGCUUCAUCGAAUACUCCAGAUGACGUUCCAGAGUCACCGAGCAUUGACAUAUCCACCAGUUCAAAUGUUUCAGAGUUGCCACAAUCUACAAAAUCGGCAGACGUGUCUAGAAAUGUAAAUUCAAGAGAAACUUCGCCAUCUACAGGAAAGUUCAAAUCAACGGCAACUCCCGAUGGACUUCAGGAAGAAGACGGGGAAAUGAGAUCAAGCACCGAGAAAGAUUUGGAACUCUCGUCAACAAACGAUAAUUCAGCGUCCAGCUCGGAAGAAAGACUGUCUUAUGGGACUGCUCGGGGAACAGAUUUAUCAGGGUCUACUUUUAGAGGAAGACGACAGUCACGUGGCUCAACAGAAUCAAAACAAUUUGCAGUUCCUUCCGAUGUUUGGAGUUUCACUAACAAUGCGUUUGAACCUGAAGUCACUCAGAAGGAAGAUGGCGUCCAGAUCCAAGUGCCCUCGUCGGCGAAGCCCGCUGCCCUGCGCCAACAACUGACAGUCGGAUGGGAGGGCACCAAAAACAGAACAAUGGUCGUCCUGCUUGCCGCAUUCGUAUUGUGGGCGAUCGUAUUCUUCCCACUUCUGCACAGUGAGAAGAUCUAGCACCUGUGCCAAGCUCGCGCUGCUGCACGUGGGGG